AUGGGUUCAAUUUCACCAGAAACGCCUGAGGUUGAGAUCCUCCUGCUUGGGGACACUGAAGUUGGCAUGUCUAGCUUCCUCUCCCGCCUGUCGAUGGGCAGAUCUCGAUACCAAGAUGAAGGCGAUGCACCUCCGCCUUAUUCUCUGCCAAAGCUUCGUGAUCUAGAUCAGCCCUUUCAAUUUGAUAUUUCGAUGUACAAUCGCCCAUACCGCUUUCGCUUCUAUGAUACCUCGUGUCCUGAAAGCUACACUCUCCUCAAACCAGAUUUCAUCAUAAUGUGCUACGAUAUUGCUCGGAGAAAAACUCUAGAAUCUGUGCAAGAUCGUUGGAAGAGAGUCGUCGAGUCACAUUUCAACUACGAUGAAGCGUUACCCGUGAUGCUACUUGGCUUGAAAAGAGACCUAAGACAAGAGUGGACUGAAACAAAUAAGGAGAGUGUCAUACCUCAGGAGGCAGUACGGAUCGCACAAGAGAUGAGAUUAGAUAGAUAUGCGGAGUGCAGCGCUAUAACUGGGGAGUUGUGUAGGGAAGUGCUCGAAGACAUAGCGAAGACAGCUGCUAUGACAACAACGCAGAAAGGUGGGAAGACCGAGGGUGGAUGUGCUGUUAUGUGA